AUGGCUGGAAUCGGUGUGGCAACGGGCGCGGCCCUCACCAGCGGCGCUAACGGUAGCGCCAUCUCUCCCUCGGCCGUGACCAGCUCCGCCUCGGCGUCGUCGUCAAGCAUCACUGUCGGUGUGCUCGCCAUGCAGGGCGCAUUCCGUGAACAUGCGUCACACGUCAACCGCCUCAACACGCUCUACCCACACCAGACCAUCCGUAGCACCCUCGUCCGCACGCCCGAACAGCUCGCCGACUGCGAUGCGCUCAUCAUCCCCGGUGGAGAGUCCACCGCCAUCUCACUCGGCUGCGAACGCAUCGGUUUGCUCGAACCUCUUCGCCAGUGGGUGAGGCAAGGUCGACCCGUAUGGGGCACGUGUGCAGGUAUGAUCAUGCUCGCAAGGGAGGCGAGUGGAGGCAAAAAGGGUGGUCAGCAGUUGAUCGGCGGCGUCGAUGUCAGGGUCGGGAGGAAUGGAUUUGGCUCACAGAUCGAUUCGUUCGAGACUGGGCUGACGAUCGAAGGGCUGGACAGGCAGGACGAGCCUUUCAAUGGAGUGUUCAUUCGUGCACCGGUGGUUGACGCCUUGCUUCUGCCGAGCGAUCUCGAAAAGGUCGCAGUGGACCAACCCACGCUUGUCAAGCGUGUCGACCCAGAUGCGUUGCCAGACUCUGUCCCUACUCCGAUCACAAACACCAACGCAGUGCCCCUCACACCUACAGCAGAGCUACCGGCCAACGCAUCCGAACCGCCGCUUCCCAAACUCGCCAACACGGAUCCAGCAUUACGGAUCGUCGUGGCACCUCCACUCUAUGAUACGUCGGAUCCCAUCGCAUCAGCACAAAAGCGACCGCCCAUCGAGAUCCUCGCCACUUUGCCGGAACCGGUGACGACGCCUCUGUCGCCUUCCAACCGCCCAGUUGCCGCUCACGUAGCGCAGCGCGAUCCGAGGAUGGACAUCGCACGCAGACCCGACCACGACUCGCAGAUCGUCGCUUUGCGGCAGGGCAACAUCUUGAUGACCAGCUUCCAUCCCGAGUUGACCCCGGAUACGAGGCUGCACAAUCUGUUUGUGAGCAAGAUCGUUGUUCCUUACAAGAAGCAGCAGAGCGAGCAGUAG